AUGCUCGCUCUCCUCCCCCUCCUGGCGCUGGCCAACGCGUACUCCAACCCCGGCGCCUGCUCCGGAGACUGCUGGACUCACGAUCCCGGUCUCUACCAGCGCGUCUCCGAUGGGAAGUACUUCCGCUUCGCCACCGGCGGCGGCGUGCACAUCGCCCGCGCCGAUUCCAUCAAAGGCCCCUGGACCGACGUGGGCUACGCAUUGCCCAAUGGCUCGUCUGUCGACCACGCCGGCAGCGACAACCUCUGGGCCCCCGACGUCCACUACGAGAACGAAAAAUACUACAUGUACUACUCGAUCUCGACGCUGGGGUCCCAGAACUCGGUCAUCGGCGUCGCCAGCUCGCCGUCCAUGGAAGUCGGCACGUGGACCGACCACGGCUCGACGGGGCUGUCCUCGACGGCAGACAAGCCGUACAACGCCAUCGACGCCAACUGGGUGCAGAUCGACGGCAAGGACUACAUGAACUGGGGCUCCUACUGGCACAACCUGUACCAGGCGCCGAUGGCGUCGCCGCUGAAGCUGGGCUCCGAGGAGCCGACUAACAUUGCGUAUAAUGCCACUGCGAACCAUAAUAUCGAAGCGGCGUUUGUGUUCCAGCACGGAGACUAUUACUACCUCACCUGGUCGGCGGGUAAGGCGGCGGGGUAUGAGACGAAUUUGCCGGCGCCGGGGAAUGAGUAUCGGGUUGUGGUGUGUCGGUCGGAGAGUGGGACGGGGGGUUUUGUCGAUAAGCAGGGCAAGUCGUGUCUGGAGAGUGGCGGAACCACCCUCCUGGAAAGUCACGGUAAUGUCUACGGACCUGGUGGACAGGGAAUCGUCAACGACAAGGAUCUCGGUCUGGUUCUCUACUACCACUACGCCGACAAGACCAUCGGACUGGCCAAGGAGAAGUACCAGUUCGGGUGGAACCAGCUGAAGUGGGCGGAUGGAUGGCCCAGCGUGUAG